UUAUAAUCUCGGGAGUGAUUCGUGAAUAUGCAAAUUGAUAAUCAUUUGGUUGAAGUCUUGAUAUUACGUAAAUUGUGAAUACUCUUACAUGUGUAUUCCUACUACAACUUCACUCAAUUGUGGUAAUCGAAUAGUAAAGUCCGUGCUACGAUAUCGAAAAAAGAAGACACAUGCAAACCUCUAUGACAGGAAACCAUGUAUUGGAAAAGUUUUGUUAUAAAGCAGCGUCAGAAACAAGAAAAAUGGGGAAAAUACAUGGAAAUUGUGAUACAAUUUUACAAAAUCAACGUUCGUUCCCAUCGCCAAGACGUGACAUCACAAUUUUGUAGAGCAGAGUGUUAUAGACGUAAGGCAAGAAAAUCGUCAGAAUCAUGUCACGAGACGACUCCGCACUGCCAGACGUAGAUUACGGGAAAAGUUCUCUUGCUGGGAACUUUAUGACGCAAGAAAUGUCAACGAUCAAUAUAACGAAUCCAGAUAUAUCCACUCGUGACUGAAUAUAAAAGAACAUGCUUUCCAGGUUUUGUUACGACUCCUUGGCAGCCAUUAGGAUAUGAUGGAGUGACGGCAUUAUUCCGUGCAUGUUCAUUAAAAAUAUUAUUCGACGAGGAAAAACAGUGGAUAAUAAAGAAGGAAAAGAAACAGAUGCAUAUACAAAACCAAGGUGACUUUGUACAGGUAACACAUGUACACGAUGAGACUGUAGUGGUAGAAACAUUACACCACCUGGAGCUCUUGCCUUCAAGUGAAAUAUGGAGUGCAAGGUGUGCCUGGAGCCCUACGACCAGGCGGAGCGGCGGCCGCGGGCGCUGCCGUGCGGCCACUCCUUCUGCUCGCAGUGCAUCGGCAGCAUCUUCCGCCAGGGCGCCCUCUCGUGCCCCAAGUGCCGCGCCAGACACGCCGCCCCCGACGCCUCGCAGUUCCCCUUCGCCUACGAGCUGGAGGAGAUGAUCGCGCUUCUCAUGCAGAGGAACUUGUCCGUGUCGGCGCCGCCCUACGAAGAGGGUUGCGACAGCCCCGCCUGGGAGGCCAAGGAACAGCAGAAGUCCUCGCUCCUCAACAGCAUCUCCGACUGCGAGGAAAUGCUGUCUCAGCUGCACAGCUACGACGCGUCCCUCGACGACUCUCUGGCGAGGCACCAGGAGCUGGUCAACAGGCUCGCUGACAUCAUCGAGCAGCACAAGCGAGCCCAGACGCGCCUCGAGAACAACAAAGAGAUGGUCUCCUACCUGGAGCAACAGGGCCAGGACAUGAAGCAGCAGCUGAAUGCGGCGCUGGAGACCCUGGGCGACGCCAGCACAGCCCCGGCGGUGGCGAGGGCCGUCGGCGAAGGAGACGGCUCGGCGGCGGAGGCGCUGGAGUGGAUCCGCGAGUGCCAGCAGCUGUGCCCCGACGUCGGGACCGCCGCCACGUCCAGCAGGACCCGAGCAGCAACGGCGAGGGCCCUGGAAGCAUUCGCGCAGGGGAUGGAUGCUGCAUCUGCCCCCGUCCCUCCCAAGAGUCAUCUCCCCGAGGCCGAGAGGAGGUUCAGCAUCCUUGGCAUCCUGAAGGAGGCGACGGCGCUUGCACCUACAACCACGCCCAUAACCCAGCUGAUGGAGGGCGGGCAGCUGGUGGGCGUCCAGUAUGAGCAAGGCCGCCCACGAUACGCCAGGAUAACGAUGGAUAAGGAGACCGUCUGUUUGCACCAUCUGGAGGAUGAGUCACCGCCCACGCACGCCUAUACUAUCCCGUACCGCAAGGUGAUGGACCACGCCAACAUGUCGUCGGGCCUGGCCUUCCUCGACCUGGCCUGGCCCGACUCGCCCCCCCGACGCGUCUACGUCCGCCUCAUCCCCGACAUGAACGUAGCGCUGGGCCGACAGUUCGUCCUCAUGUGCACGGGCCACGCCGGUCCCUCGUACGCCCGCACUCGCCUCCUGAACCUGGUGGACAGCACCUCGAAGGACGAGCUCGUGGGCGGGGACUACGAGUGCAACGACGGCAGCGGGGGCGCGCCCAUCCUGUCGGGCAUCGUGAGCAACAAGGUGAUGCUCCCGUGCGCCGAGGGCCUCGUCAGCGGCAAGUGGCACAGCAGCGAGGCCUCGAGCACCAAGUUCGGCAUCACGACGAAGAAGCACGAGGGGUACGUGUGGGUGAGGGUGUUCGGCAAGGUGGAGAGCGGGCUGGAGGUGGUCCGGGCGGCGGCGGAGGUGGGCGACGUCGGCCUCGUGUCCGUGGUGGAUUGCGGCGUCGUGGUGAUGCCCAGGUGACGCCGAGGACCGAAGACUCUACCUGGGCUAUUUUUAGUUACAGUAAUAUUUUAUAUGUUAGUGGUAACAAACACGGGGAGUGUUACCAAAAAUAUGAAUAAAAAUACAAAUAAUACAGUGACAGGAACUUCUAAAAAUAAUGCGACAUUUACUGUGAAUAUUCUGCCACGUAUGCACACAAAUAGCAAAACCUUCUUCAUAUAUUGGUAAAAAUAAAAACGAAAAUCAACAA